AUGCUAGCGCCCGACCUCUCGUAUCUGCUGGAUGUGCUGAACAUCGCUGAUGGGGACACUGAAGAGCAGUUGGAUGAGAGGCUGAAGACGCAGGCGAAGCUACUGGGGAUUGACGUCGAAGAGCAGAAAGCACAGGAUGGCAAGUCGUUCAAAGCAUACUGGCCGGACUACCCUCGCAGAUCCGAGUCCAUCGAUUCGCGAGCAUCGCAGUCUACUGGCUUGACAUCGACAUUCUCGGAUCUGUCGAAGGAUAGAGGAUAUCAUGAUGCUACCGGCCGACGGUCAAGAGCAUCGCUGUCAUUCCGAGACUAUGAUGCGUUCAUCUCGCGAGGUGUGCCCAACGGCAGGCACUCCAUUUCGUUCUCACCGCUCACUACACCAUCCCGUUCGACCUUCUCCCUGCCCUUGUCGCAACCGCCGUCACCGGAUUCUGGAUCGCCGAGGAGACACUUGCGUCGCAUAAGACGUCUUAGCAUGCUUCGGCGGCACAGUCGGAAUGGUUCAGACGUCUCUCUACCAGACAGCUGCCCGCACUGUCCACACCAUGUCGCGAGUCAACGCCGAGCUAUGCACAAGCUACCAUGUGGUCACAAGCUGUGCACUCAGGCGUUGAGGAAUACAGUCAAGAACGCAAUUGAGUGCCAGACCGGAGCCGUACCGAGCUGCUGUGGCAAGCCAAUACCUGGCAGUCUGGUGGAGCAUGUCAUGACGCAGGAAGAGCAGAAUGCCCUGCUGGAUAAGCUGGAGCAAUGGGACGAAGCCAUGUCGAUUGCGCCUUCCGUCGCCAGUUCACGAAGGGAUUCGAUCCAUUCUCAUCAACAGCAACGGCCUGGAGCACUAUCGAAUUGUCGCAGCCGCGCCGUGUCUGAUGAGUCGAGGCAUGUCCACGUUACAUCAGCAGGUGGUAACGCAUCACAACACAUCACGGAUCGUGACGACUACGUCUCGCUACAGAAGGUCCAAGCCGAGCAACGAGAUCGGUUCCUCGCGUGGGCAGACAAGCAACGAUCGGAUCUGAACAGUAAACACGAGCACUACCGAAAAGAGAUGCUCACCAACCACGAAAGUGCGCUUGAGGACAUGGCGGAGCAUCACUCUUCAGCAAUCGCCGAUGCCGAGGACAAGCAAGUCAAAGCAGAGUCCGACUUGCGAGACUUGCAAGAGAAAGAAGAGCGCGACAACGCCACAGCACUGAAGCAUAUGGAGGCAUACUGUGCGGGCACGUACAGCAGUGGCGAGCAACAUAACCGUCAAGUCACCAAACAAGACCGCGCGGAGCUCGACAAGGCACGUAGGGCGCGCGACCACAUGGACAACAAGCACGAGAGCCAGAUUAAUGUCCUGCGAGGCGAGCAGUCGCGACGGAUGCGAUUGCGGUCGCAGAGGCAGGAGCGAGAGCUGCAAGAGCUGAAACGCCAGCAGCGUAAGACGGAGCUGGAGCUCGAGCGUACUUUCACUGGCGAAGUGUCGAAGACGGAUGAAUGCAUCAAUGAGAAACGAAGGCGAAUCUACUGGCGAUGGGAGCUGGACACUGCGAUCCUUGCCAAGAGAGUGGAAGUCGAGACCGGUGUGUGUCUCAACGCGCCCUUGCCAGCAAUGGACUGGACCUCAAGACACGCCAGCGACUCGACGGCGACGCAGGCCAACCUCAUGGGCGAUAAUGACCCGAAGCACGGCAUAUCCACUGGCUACAUCUCGACAUCGCAAUCACACAUGAGCUCUCAAGGGUUUCGCAUCGGCGCACUCUAA